CAAUUAGGAAAAAAAAUCAAUUGAAAUUUGAGAAGGGAAGUGAUAAGAAAAAGAGAGUAAGGUGAUAGAAUCAGUGGCUCAAAUCACACCAAAAUCUCCAACUCACUUCUCAUUGGAUAAGACAACUAUCAAGAAGCCUUCAAUUUCCAUUGGUCCUCCUCUCUCCUUCUAUAAUCCCAAAAACCAUCUCACAAACUCAUCAAACCUCUUUCUCAUCUCAUCUUCAAGCCAUCUCCGAUCAUCAUCAGACAAUGGCAGCAGCUAUGGCAACAGCAACCAAGUGCAUGUCUCUAAACCCAUCUCCUCCUAAACUCCAAAACCAAACCAAAUCCAAACCAUUCAUCUCCCUACCAACCCCACCAAAACCAAACGUCUCUCUCGCCGUCACAAGCACCGCCCUAGCCGGAGCCGUCUUCUCUUCCCUCAGCUACUCUGAGCCAGCUUUAGCCAUCCAACAGAUCGCUCAGCUCGCUGCAGCAAACGCCAGUAGCGACAACCGUGGCUUAGCUCUUCUCCUUCCCAUCGUCCCAGCCAUUGCAUGGGUCCUUUACAACAUCCUCCAGCCAGCUAUUAACCAGGUCAACAAGAUGCGUGAGAGUAAAGGUAUCGUUGUUGGUCUAGGUAUUGGUGGUGGUCUUGCAGCGUCAGGGCUUUUGACUCCACCUCCGGAGGCUUAUGCUGCGGCAGAAGCGGCGGCUGCUAGUUCAGACAGCAGAGGACAGUUGUUGUUGAUUGUUGUGACACCGGCACUACUUUGGGUUCUGUACAAUAUCUUGCAGCCAGCUUUGAACCAAAUCAACAAGAUGAGGUCUGGGGAUUAAAAUCUUAUAUAUAUAUAAUAUUAUUAUAAAUCAUCUUUGGGAUUCAAAUGUAAAAUUAAUCCUUUGUUUUAUGGACAGUUUUAUGUUUACAUUUUUGGACUAAUAUCGUUUCUCUUAUCGGCAUAAGUACUAUACUCAAUUUCAACUGUAACUAGGUUAGUCUGAUGAUUUCUAGAACCACAAUUCUAGUAGUGCAUAGCUUCAGCUUCUAGCCUUCUAGGGGACUUGGAGUUGGUUUAAGUAAUGCGAAACGCUUCCUCCAGUGUUUUAGAUCCCAGAUGGCUUUAACAGGAGGAAUGUACCAUCUUUUGAGAAAUUAUAUCAAGAACCCAUAUCUCAAAAUGGACUUUCGUACAAACUCAUUUCAUUGACCUUUCUGAUGCAUUUCAUUCACCUCC